UAGCUAAAUGUAACAUUUUAAAAUGUUCAAAGAUCACUGCAAAUGGCUAGCUUUUGCUAACUAUAGUACGUGCGACAGACAGCAUGCCACGGAAAAGACGCGCAGGAGGGAGGGGGGUAACGUUAGCUAGCAAAAUUAUUUCCAGAAAGUAUUGUAGCUUUGUUAACACUCAUGUCUAUACUUUUCAGAAAGUUUGAACAUUCUUCUUACUUUAGUUGUGCUGGUUUUGCUGCCAGCUAUGAAUUAGUGGGAAUUUCUCACAACACCAGAGAAGUUGGAAGGCUAGCUAGUGGCUGGCUAGCAAUCUAGCUUCGGCUCUUGUAUGUGGGGUGGCACAGCCCCAAGUCGCUGUUCAAUAUUAAAACCCGUUAUAAUUCUGUACAACAUUCAUAGAUUGCUUUGUUAUCUAAGUUCAUCUGGAAUGACACACUUAUUUGAGGUGGCAUCGUUUAGGAAGGUUGGAGCACACAGACAAAAUGGUGACCAUUCCUGAGUACUAUGAGGGGAAGAAUGUGCUGAUCACAGGGGCCACAGGCUUUAUGGGAAAAGUCCUACUGGAGAAGCUGAUGCGGUCCUGCCCUGGAGUCAAGGCUGUGUACGUCCUUGUCCGGCACAAAGCGGGCCACGGUCCCCUGGCCCGCAUCGCAGACAUGAUCAACUGCAAGCUUUUUGACAGGUUACGAGAUGAGCAGCCAGACUUUGCUAAGAAGAUAGUGGCUGUGAACAGUGACCUCACCCUGCCAGAACUGGACCUGAGCAAAGUGGACCAGGAAACGCUUGCUGACUGCAUCAACAUAGUCUUCCACUGUGCUGCAACCAUCCGAUUCAAUGAGCCUCUAAAAGAUGCUAUGCUGCUGAAUGUUCUAGCCACCCAGAAGAUGGUGGCUCUUGCCCACAAAAUGAAGCACUUGGAGGUUUUCCUCCAUGUGUCCACAGCCUACGCCAACUGUGACCGGACACUCAUUGAGGAAGUGGUUUACCCACCUCCUGUUGACUACAAGAAGCUCAUCGACAGCCUAGAAUGGAUGGAUGAGAAGCUGGUCUCAGCGAUGACCCCAGGGCUGAUUGGAAAAAGGCCCAACACGUACACCUACACCAAGGCCAUGGCUGAGUACCUGGUCCAGCAGGAGUGUGGAAACCUCAACGUGGCAAUAAUCAGGCCUUCUAUAGUUGGGGCCAGUUGGAAAGAGCCGUUCCCAGGCUGGAUUGAUAAUUUCAAUGGACCUAGUGGAAUAUUCAUUGCAGCAGGAAAGGGGAUCCUGCGCACCAUGAGAGCGUCCAACAACGCGGUGGCUGACCUGGUACCUGUGGACGUGGUCAUCAAUACCACACUGGCUGCUGCCUGGUACUCAGGCUCCCAGAGACACACCAGGCCUAAGAGCAUAUUGGUGUACAAUUGCACGACAGGCAGCAUCAACCCGUUCCACUGGGGUGAAGUUGAGUACCAUGUUAUAUCCACUUUCAAGAGGAACCCCCUCGAGCAGGCCUUCAGACGGCCCAAUGUAAAUCUCACAACCAAUCACCUUAUCAAUCAGUACUGGAUCGCUGUAAGCCACAAGGCACCAGCCUUCCUUUAUGAUCUCUGCCUCAGGAUGACGGGAAGAGAGCCCAGGAUGAUGAAGACCAUUACGAGGCUGCACAGGGCCAUGAUGGUGCUGGAGUACUUCACGAGCCACUCGUGGGUGUGGAAAACUGACAACGUCACCAUGCUCAUGAACCAGAUGGGUGCUGAUGACAAGAGGACAUUCAACUUUGACGUGCGACAGCUGAACUGGGCAGAGUACAUGGAGAACUACUGCAUGGGGACUAAGAAGUAUGUACUGAACGAGGCUGAGUCCGGCCUGCCAGCUGCACGCAAACACCUCAACAAGUUGAGGAACAUCCGCUACACGUUCAACACGGUCCUGGUCGUGUUCAUCUGGCGAGUGUUCAUCGCGCGGUCCCAGAUGGCCAGGAACAUCUGGUACUUUGUGGUCAGCCUCUGCUUUAAGUUCCUGUCCUAUUUCCAAGCAUCCAGCACCAUGAAAUACUGAGUCCACGUGGUGUACCCACCUUGACCCCAUCCACCCUCCUCAACCCAGCAGCCCAGCCCAGUCCAGUCCGCCUUCUCUCCCUCCUGCCCAGCCCCCCUUCAGAUAGCUAUGUAUCCGACAAGGCUCUGCAAAUCCUAGAAUAUUUUGAGUUACUUAAGUGUCUGACAUACCAUUAAUCUACCUUAUGUGAAAUGUCCCCUUCUCUUUGCAGUGUGAUCCCUGAUGUGGGGGGUAGAACUGCAUUUGAAUAAGCAUGAAUCCAAUCAGACCCCAGGUCCUAUGAUGCUCACCUUGCACAUUGAUAGUCAGCCAAACAGAGUUAUUGAUGGAUAGUUUGGUUGUCAUGGAGAUGGAGCAUUGCUUUGCUGACAGCCCCCAGGGUGGUCAGGCGGUGGCUUUGAUUAACAGUUUACAUUUUCCUGCUUGAAUAGGGGUGAAGGCACCCAUAUACUGUAUGCUUGAUGGUGGCAAUGACUAUUACCCAAUGACAUGAUCAAGCACAAGGUAGAUGGUAAUAGAUUGGCUUUUUACAGUGCCUAAAAGGUAUGAUUAUUCUGCUUCAGCUGACCUUGCAGAGCUAUGUAUUUUUUUUAAACAAUUUUCAAAUCAUUUCUGACUGGACUGUCCGCUUAUGAUUCUGGCCCAAAUACCUCAUAGCUCAUGUAGCUCAGAUCAGGCAACUGCUCAGAGGACUUGGUUUUGGAGAGUUUGGGCAGGUAGUCUAAGGGUUCUUUACACUGCUUUCACUGAGGACAGCUUUCAGAAAUUCGCAUCUAUGUCCAUUUUAAAAUAAUGAGUAACUGUCUUUCCUCAUGUAGGUCAUUUAUUUAACUGUCUGGAAUGGGAGCGUUGUGUUAUGCAUCUCACAUGUUUUGCCUGUUGUCGAGUUUGGGAUAUUCCAUGCAUGGGAGAGGCCUCUUCUCUUCCGAACACCUUUAUCUUUGUCUCAUGCUAUAACUUUCAAAGGUGGUCUUUAUCCCAUGUUUGCCUGGGUUGUUGGGCACUUGUGACAUUUUUUACUUUUUGUACUUGUUCCUUUUCCAUGUUGUCUUGUACAUAUUGUGUAAGAUGUUGGACUUACUGUGCACUUUCCUGUGGUUGUACGCUGAAUGACUUUCAUUCGGAAUGUCCAAUUGUCAUAUAGUCACUUAUACCUACAGUUGAAGUCGGAAGUUUACAUACACCUUAACCAAAACAUUUAAACUCAGUUGUUCACAAUUCCUGACAUUUAAUCCUAGUACAAAUUCCCUGUCUUAGGUCAGUUAGGAUCACACCUUUGUUUUAAGAAUGUGAAAUGUCAGAAUAAUAGUAGAGAGAAUGAUUUAUUUCAGCUUUUAUUUCUUUCAUCACAUUCCUAGUGGGUCAGAAGUUUACAUACACUCAAUUAGUAUUUGGUAGCA